CAGAUUCCAUCAGGAUGACGAGUGCUAACGAAAGCCACCGCCCGCUAUCUGAAGUCGACCUCUUCCUCGCAGCGCCGCUCAGCUCCGCCUCCUCGGACACCUCCGCAGCCGAGAGCGACGACGACUGGAGGGGCAGCGACAACUCUUCCACUAACGAAGACGGAGGGCGGCAGUCUGGAGGUCAGAGACAUCAGACAGCAUCGUCGGACCGGCCGGCUCACCGCUGCGCCAACUGUGGAAAAAGCUUCCGCCACAAAGGGAAUCUGGUGAAACAUGCAGAAACGCACUCGGACAACCCAGAGUGUCUCUGUGGAGUCUGCGGUGAACACUACGAGUCCUUCUUCAACCAUCUUCGGUCUCACAGAGAGAGAGGCGGCGGAACGUGUGAGAUCUGCGGGAAGAUGUUUCAGAACAUGGAGACGCACAUGAGGAGUCACACCGGGGUCAAACCAUACAGCUGCGACAUCUGUACCAAGAGUUUCCCCCGACCCGGAGCACUGAGGAGACACAAGAAGAUCCACUGCAGGAAGACGGCCGAUGUGUGCCCGGUCUGUGGACUCACUUUCACCCAGAACCAACUGCUCCAGGAUCACCUGAAGACCCACGAACAGGACGAUGGCGACAGGACCGAGGACGACGAAGGCGGUCAGUUAGAGACGCCUGAGACAGAUCGAGGGCUCAAGUCCUCCUCGCUGUGCUGCAGAGUCUGCGGCGAUUCAUUCCACAGCCGAGGGUUCCUUAGGAAACACGCCGAGAGCCACAGCAGCGAGUCUCAGAGCGUCUGCGGCGUCUGUGGCCAGCAGCUGGACUCACCUGACCGUCUGCGGACUCACCUGCAGUCUCACAGAGAGACCAGUGGGACCUGCAGCAUCUGUGGGAAGAGUUUCCAGAACAUGGAGACGCACAUGCGAAGCCACACAGGGAUCAAACCGUACCGCUGCGGCAUCUGCAACAAACGCUUCCCCCGACCUGGAGCACUGAGGCGCCACAGGAAGAUCCACGGUGGGGAGCGACCUUACGUCUGUCAGCACUGUGGGAAGACGUUCAUUGAGAGCAGCGCCUUAAAGACACACAGCAGGAGUCACUCGUGGGAGAUUGGUGGCGAUGAGGACGCAGAGCCUUUGCCGGACUCUCCAAGGCUGAAACCAGAGAAAACUGCGGAAGAGAAUGUGAAGGUGUCGACUCACUGCUGCAAAGUCUGCGGCGAGUCUUUUCAAAGUAAAGGUAGUUUAAGGAAACAUGCCAAGAGUCACUCAACAGAGUCCGUCUGCGGUGUCUGCGGUGAAGGUUUGCUGCCAUCAGAGACCCUGACAGACCACCUGCAGAAUCACAGAGACGCUGGUAAAAUCUGUCACAUCUGCGGUAAAACCUACCAGAACAUUGAGACUCAUAUGAGGAGUCACACCGGGGUCAAACCGUACCGCUGUGGUGUUUGCGGUAAAUCCUUCCCGAGGCCCGGUGCCCUGCGGCGCCACAAACGGAUCCACACCGGAGAGCGACCAUAUAUCUGCGAGUUCUGCGGAAAGACGUUUAUUGAUAACGGCGCUCUGACGACACACAUCAGGAACCACACCGGAGACAAGCCAGCUCAGCGCGUCUCCUGUGAGACUUGUGGGAAGAGCCUGGCGUCGGUCCAUGUCCUGGAGGUCCACAAAAGGAUCCACACAGGCGAGAAGCCGUUCCAGUGUCGCAUAUGCGGUAAAGCCUUCAGGCAGGUGGGAGGACUGAACGCCCACAUGCUGACCCACACUGGGGAGAAGCCGUUCAGCUGCAGCCUCUGCAACAAGAGCUUCAGCACCAAAGGAUACCUGGAGACCCACAUCCGCUUCCACAAGAAGGAGCGAGCUUUCAGCUGCAACCUGUGCUGGAAGGCCUUUGUCACCAAGAACGACUUGAAGAAACACCUGCUGACACACACCGGAGAGAAACCCUACAGCUGCAGAGUGUGCGGGAAGAGCUACCAGGAGAAACGCUCCAGAGACGUCCACAUGAAGGUGCACCUGGACGUCCGGAUCAGCAAAGAACCUAUCAGGAGGCAGGACGGCAGUCUGCAGCAGGACUUUAUUCAGCUGUAGACUUCAGACCAAGUUCAGACUUUAGAACAGAGUCCAGACUGAAAUCUGAUGAUUCUCCCAUCGUCAGAGACACAAAACUGUUUUAAAUCAAGAUUCAUGGGUGUCCUCAGAGGUUCAAAUACGAUUUCACCUUUUUUAUUUUUACAUUUCAAAAACACUAACACGUGACGGGACGAACAGAAGCUUAAAGGCAGCAGGCGUUGGGUAGCACUGGACAAGAAAUCUUCACAUUUGAGAAACUGGAAGCUGCCGUCGGAAUUUGACCAUAUUGAUUUGGUUCUGAAAAUAGAUGCUGACUGAUGGAUUAAUGGACUGAUCACAGAGACGCAGCGUCACAGGCGCAGUGCUU